AGGGUUUCGCCAUUUUCUCAGUGUGUCGGUUGUUCGAGUAGCGUAUCUUUUGCCGACGAAACUGUCGUGAAAAUCGUUACUUCGUGUGUUGUUGGACACGUUCACCACGUGGGUUGACGAGAGUUGUUGACUGCUCGUCGCCGACGUUGCAACGUCCAUCGCGAUAACAUGAAUCAGUCGAGGAAUUUCACAUCGUUGCUGAAUCCAAGUUAUCUGCAAAAUGCUCAGCAGAAUCCGGCGAGCGCGAAUGCAGCGGCAGCAGCCUCGGCCGCAGCGGCCGCCGCGGUUAGUGCCGCGAUCGCGAACGGCAGCCCGCAGCCGAAUGCUAACGUGAAUGCGAGUUCCGCAACACAGAAUCGCAAACGAGAAACAGAGGAGGAUGGUAAACAAGAUAAAGAAACAAAAGAGGAACGUAAGAAGAGGAGAAAAACUAGAUGGGGAGGUAGCGAACAUGACAAAACAUUUAUACCAGGGAUGCCUACAGUACUACCGACAAAUCUGACUCCUGAACAGGAGAAGGCUUAUCUCUUUCAGCUGCAGAUUGAGGAAAUCAGCAGGAAGCUACGCACUGGAGACCUUGGAAUUCCGCUUAACCCUGAGGAAAGAUCUCCAUCUCCAGAGCCAAUCUACAGUAGUGAUGGUAAACGGUUAAACACAAGGGAGUAUCGUACAAGACGUAAAUUGGAGGAAGAACGACACAAUCUGAUCCAGAAGAUUCUCAAGAUUAAUCCAGAUUUUAAACCACCGCCAGAUUAUAAACCACCAAUAAUACGAGUGCAUGACAAAGUGAUGAUCCCUCAGGAAGAGCAUCCCGAUAUAAAUUUCGUGGGUUUACUUAUUGGACCACGGGGGAAUACUCUAAAAUCCAUGGAAAAAGAGACAGGUGCAAAAAUAAUAAUUCGUGGAAAGGGUUCUGUGAAAGAGGGUAAAGUUGGUAGAAAAGAUGGUCAACCCUUACCAGGUGAGGAUGAACCUUUGCAUGCGUACAUCACAGCGAACAAUUUAGAUGCCGUGAAAAAAGCUGUGGAACGGAUACAUGAAAUUAUUCGGCAAGGUGUGGAAGUACCAGAAGGCCAAAAUGAUUUGCGACGUAACCAAUUACGUGAGCUAGCCUUAUUAAAUGGAACUCUACGCGAAAAUGACGGUCCACGUUGUACCAAUUGCGGAGCCUCGGAUCACAAAUCUUGGCUGUGUCCAGAUAAACCGAAUGUGACGAACAAUAUAGUGUGUUCGAGUUGCGGUGGUGCGGGACACAUUGCUCGGGAUUGUAGGUCAAAAAGACCUGGUCAGGGAGGCCCAGCGGCCGCUGGAAUGGGAGGUAUGGGUGGUCCUGGUGGUGAUAAAGCAAAAAUCGAUGAAGAGUAUAUGUCGCUCAUGGCAGAGUUAGGAGAGGGACCACCACCAGACAGAUCGAAAUCUGGACAACCCAGACAGAAUCCGAAUCCCAAUUAUCCUGGGCUUUUUGAUAGGCAACAACCACCUCGUGCAUUGAUGGCAGCCCCAGCACAUCCACCGCCUCAAAUGAUGCAGGGUGGGCCGAUGAUGCCGCCACCGGGAAUGGCACCACCGCCGUGGAGUCAGGGUGACAAUAUGAAUAAUAUGAACAUGCAGUGGCAACCACCGGUUAGUAUGCCACCACCGCCAGGCGUGAUGCAGCCGCCACCGCCACCGCCUGGUUCUAACGCCGCACAACCCAACAUUCCUCCAUUGAUGCCGUGGAUGGCUGGCAACAAUCAGCCACCGCCACCAGGGCAGAUGCCACCCACGCAGAUUCCGCCGCCUGGUAUGGGCAUACCACCGUGGCAACAGGGUCAGCAAGGUCCUAUGCGGCCGCCACCACCGGGAACAGCGCCGCCACCAGGAUUCCCAGGCUGGCAGCAUCAGCAGAUGGGAGGUUGGCCCCCCGCUGCUCCGGUACCGCCUCCGCCACAGCAACAGGCUCCUGCGCCACCGGGUAUAGACCUGAAUACUUUACCAACUUUGCUCGCGCAGCCACCACCUCCGCCUCCGCCCACCAGUUAGUCUUAAACGUUCUAGCGAACCUUUCUGUGAAAUAUAAGGACGAAAUUAACAGAAAUAAACCAUUCAUGCGAUAGGUUUUA